AUAAACCACCCAAUAAUUUUAUUUUAUAAUUUGCCACUAGAUUUUUUUUUUUGGGGGGGUUUGGGGGGGGGGGGGGGUGUUGUUUAACGAGAAAAAAUUCCAUAACACACUUACCGCCAGUACAAAGCUUGAUGCUCUUUCUUGGCCGUUACCUCUUUGUUAAUUGAUCUUCAUGAAGCUUGUAGUCUGAUUUUUCUGUGUAUCAGAAAAUGGUGUGUGCAGGCCGAAUACUAUGCUCAACGACGCCGUUUUGCUCUUCCACUUGGGCGUUUCGUAGCUCAAGAUAUGUCCAUCAUGGUAAUGGUAGAAACAGAAUUAGAUGGCGAUCCAUGGCCUCCGAUGCUGAUGCAUCUUCGUAUGCUACUUCUAUAGAUUCUGAAUCCUCCGAUAAAAAUGCCGCUGGGUUUUGUAUAAUAGAAGGGCCUGAGACAGUAGAGGAUUUUGCUAAAAUGGAGUUGCAAGAAAUUCGAGAUAAUAUUACAAGUCGGAGAAAUAAGAUAUUUUUGCAUAUGGAGGAGGUACGCCGGCUAAGAAUACAACAAAGGAUAAAGAGUGUUGAGCUUGGGAUACUAUCGGAUGCACAAGAAAAUGAGCUUCCUAAUUUUCCAUCAUUUAUUCCCUUUUUGCCUCCUCUUACAUCAGCAAAUCUUAAGCAAUAUUAUGCCACUUGUUUAUCCCUCAUUGCCGGAUUUAUGCUUUUUGGUGGACUUCUAGCACCCAGUUUGGAGCUAAAAUUGGGACUAGGGGGCACAUCAUAUGCUGAUUUUAUUAGAAGCAUGCAUCUACCAAUGCAACUUAGUCAGGUUGAUCCAAUCGUGGCAUCAUUCUCUGGGGGUGCAGUUGGGGUGAUCUCUUCUUUGAUGGUUGUUGAAAUCAAUAAUGUGAAACAGCAGGAGCAUAAGAGAUGCAAAUACUGUCUUGGAACAGGAUAUCUUGCUUGUGCUCGAUGUUCCAAUACUGGAGCUCUUGUUCUUAUCGAACCUGUUUCAACAAUUAACAGAACAGACAAGCCUCCGCCACCACCUAAAACAGAGAGGUGUCCCAACUGUUCAGGUUCAGGAAAGGUCAUGUGCCCUACGUGUCUUUGUACUGGGAUGGCUAUGGCAAGUGAACACGACCCACGAAUUGAUCCUUUUGAUUAAAUACAACAUAGAUUUCCUUACUGGGACUCUUUAACAUUGGAUAUGUAAAGUUUAGAUGAAGCACCAUUGCUAAAUGGACAGCUCCUAUUUAAUAAGAGUCUGGUUUAGAAAAAUAUGAGAAAAUCUUCGUCAUCAUAAGGACGAGUAAUGCUGAACCUCUAAAUACAUGAUUUGCUUUUCUAUGCAAGUCCAGCGGACAUCUUCACUAAUCUGGAAUUUGUAAAUUUAUAUAUUCAAGUAUCUUCUUGAUCUAA